AUGGGGUUCAAGAUUGCAAUGAUGAUGAUCACAGGGUUUGGUGGUGGUUGUGAAAUAGUGAAGAUAACAAUAAGGCUAGGGAUGUGGCGAACUGUGCAUCCACGAAAUGCAGCAAUGUUGGAUCUGAGUGCCUUGUUGACUACACAAGUUUUCAAGAGCAAAGAAGAAUUGCUCAGUUGGGUACGGGAUGUUAGAAGGAAAAAUGGUUUUGUGCUUGUCAUCAAGGCAUUGGACUAUGGUGGUGGUCACAGGACACCAAGGAUAUAUCUUGCCUGUGGGAGAAAUGGUCAAUACAGAGUUCAUAAGAAAUUAAAAGGAGAUGAUUCAAACAAAAAAAUUGAGAAGAUAACGGGUACAAAGAAAUGCGGGUGUCCCUUUGAGUUAAGGGCUCAUAAGUUGAUGGUUGAUCAUGAUUGGAUUGUAGAUGUAUAA